AUGGUGAAGAAGAAGAAAUCUGUAAGGAAACCGGCGACUAGAUCUGAUGUUCAAGGCCUGCCUUCAAUCCAAAGUGAGAAGUCUCAAACAGAAAUCGUGCGUGAAGAGGAUAUUAGUGAGGGUGUCGUUCAGGUUCUAGGUAAGACCCAAACUGAGUCUAAUUUGGAAGUGAACGCUAAUGGUGUUGUACAAGAUGGUGAGCCGAAAGUUGCUGGGUCAGCUUCUUCUAGCAGGGCGGAUCAAUUGGAAAGAGCAGACUAUCAAUCAUCGGCUCAAAAGCAUUGGAAUCAAUUCAAUUCGGUUAAGGAUGGUAAGAGGAUAGCACUGAUUGAUGAGGAUGAAGUAAGAAGUCAGUCAGCAAAUUGGAAUUCAGCAGUCAUUUGUAUGGUUCUUGGAGCUAACCCUCCCAUGCCUGUUUUUGAAGGCUUUAUCAAGAGAGUUUGGGGUCACCUUGGGAUUGCUCAAAUUGCUAGAAUGACUAUGGGUUUGAUAAUGGUGAAGUUUAAUGAUGAGGCGACUUGCAGCCAUGUUUUGGAGAAUGGUUGUCUUCAUUUUGACAGAAAACCAGUGAUUGUGCGACCUUGGACAACUGAUCUAAAUGUGAUUCGAUUGAUCCGCUUAGUUCCUUUGUGGAUUAGACUUCAUGACCUUGGACUUCAAUACUGGGGAAGCAAGUGCCUUAGUGCUUUAGUGAGCACUAUAGGCAAGCCGAUUAUGGUUGAUAAAUUUACCCGAGAGAGAACUAGAGUUCAAUUUUCCAAGAUUUUGGUGGAGGUGGAACUUUCAGAUAAUCCUCCUAGGAUUAUUCAUUACAUGAAUGAGCAAGGUCAAUUAGUAGAGCAAGGGAUGGAGUACGAAUGGCUUCUAGUCAAAUGUAAAAACUAUGAAGGUUAUGGACAUGUUAUGUCUGAUUGCCGCAAGGAUCAGAAGCCACAAUUGGUUCAGAAAACUACUCUAAAUAAAAUUUCUCCUGAGCUAGAAAGGGAUAAGAACAAACAGGUGCCGACUCCAACUUCAGAGGUGGCCACGGAGCAGGUUGUAAAUACUGAAUCUGGACAGGGACAAAGUUCAGGUUCUAAGGAGAUGGUUGAGGAAACAUCUGUUAUUAAGGGCCAGGAAUCAAAGAAUAAAUGGCAAACUCCUAAGAAAUCAGGGCUUUUACAUAAGAUCAGUCAAAGAGAUAGUAGUAGUAGCAAGAAUGGUCAUAAAGAUGAGGUCCAAGGUAAGAAGUUGGCAAAUCUGUUUGGGGUGCUUCAGGAACAGGCAGAGGGGAUCGAAGGAAGCAGGGGUAAAGUGCAAUCUUCUUAUGGAUAA